AAUAGAGUUGAAAAAUUUUUCGUAAAGUUGUUUUACUUGUUGAGCACUUGAGAAUAGAAAUUGAAUACAGAUUUAUUCAACUAAUUAUAUUCGGAUAUGUACCAAACAGUUUAUUUUUACAUUAUUCAACAGUUAUUAUUAUUUACCGCGAAGGUAGAGCCAUUAUGCGGGCAGAAAAUCGUAGAAGCUAAUGAUCUAGAAUUUCUAUUCAUGGCAUCUAUUCAAAAUACCAGUGGACACCACUUCUGUUCAGGAGUACUUAUUACGCACUGUCUCAUUAUAACAGUUAAGCAUUGUCUAGAAAAUGAAAUACUAGGGAAUAUUCGAAUUGGAUUUGGGAUGACCGAUUUGCAACAAACUUUUCGAAGGUGUAAAAUAGCCGGAUAUUACGUCUACGAUGGUUGGGCUGCUAGACUACAGCUGUCGGAAGGAAGUGAUAAGGAGGAUACUGCUAUCAUAAAAUUAUCAUAUCAAUCUCUCAUUGCGGACCACGUUCGUUUGAGCAAAUUCAAUAAACAACAACUCGAAGGAAAAAUGGCGAUGAUUUUAGGAUGGACUCGAAAAACGCUCUUAUAAGCCGAGUGUCACGACGUUUAGCAAUAAAAGUUAAUUAUAUGAAAUUAAUACGUGACGGCUCGCUUACUUUAACAAAUCUUUAUUUGUUGAAGUAUGACUACAGGCAUGCGCAGUAAAUAAGUCAUAAGAUAAUAACUUACCGCGAGGGUAGAGCCAUUAAGCGGUCAAAAAAUCGUAGAAGCUAAUGAUCAAGAAUUUCCUUUCAUGGCAUCAAUUCAAAAUAUCAGUGGACACCACAUCUGUUCAGGAGUACUUGUCGCGGACCAUUACGUUUUAACAAUUAUGAGUUGCCUACAAGGUAGAAAUGUAUCUCAAACUCGAAUUGUAUUUCGAAUGGCCGAUUUACAACAAUCUUUUGCAUUGUAUCGAGUACGCGGAUGGUACAGCUACGAUACGUGGGCUGCUAGACAAAAUUUGCCGGAUAUAAGGGGUGAGAAUGAUAUUGCUAUGAUAAAAUUAUCAAGGAGACCUAUAAACGUGGCCCCCGUUCGUAUGAGCAAAUUCAAUAAACAACAAGUUCAAGGAAAAACGGCGAUGAUUUUAGGAUGGACUCGACUUCAAAAUGCCGAACCAUUAACAAAAGGAAUCGUAAAUAUUUUAAAGGAUGAAGACUGUUCAAAGAUGAUGAGUCGAAUAACUAAUAGAAAUCAUAAUAUUAGUUCAAAAAUAAUAUGUACCUUUGCCGAACCUUAUGUUUUAUUAGAGAACAGAGAUAUUGGAGGACCAUUGUUAGAUCAAGAUGGAGAGCUUUUGGGUAUUAAUUUACACAGUUGUCCGAGAAGUUAUCUUUCUUGGGGCGAUUUCACCAACGACUUCAUACAAAAAUAUCAAGUGAAUCAUCAUUCUGCCGUCAUUUAUCUUAACUUUCAACGUUUUAUUAGACACAUAUCGAUGUAUUACUAAACAAUAAUGUUUUCUGUAAAAACGCUCUUAUAAGUCGAGUGUCACGAUGUUUAGCAAUAAAAGUUGAUUAU